UCUCCCCCAUUCCGCAAAUUUCCUCCCCUUCCCCUCAUCUACACAGAAAUCAUCGCCCCGCUGCUAUCCAUGGCGAUUCCGAUGCCGAAGGCGCUGAUCUCUGUGCUACUCGCCCUGCUCUUCUUCGUCUCGUCGGCGCUGUCCGCCUCCGACGUCCCGUUCAUCGUGGCCCACAAGAAGGCAACGCUCAACAGGCUCAGAUCAGGCGCCGAGCACGUCUCCGUCUCCAUCGACAUCUACAAUCAAGGAUCCUCGACGGCUUAUGAUGUGAGUCUUCUUGAUGAUCACUGGCCCCAAGAUAUGUUUGAUGUUGUGAGUGGCAACUUAUCAACAUCGUGGGAAAGACUUGACGCAGGUGGUUUGCUGUCACAUUCUUUUGAGCUUGAGGGUAAGGUGAAAGGCAUGUUCUACAGUGCCCCUGCUGUCAUUAAAUUCCGCAUCCCUACCAAGGCUGCUUUGCAGGAGGCACUUUCAACCCCCAUAAUGCCGCUAGACAUUCUGGCAGAGAGAACUCCUGAGAAUAAGCUUGAUUUGGCUAAGAGGCUGUUUGCUCAGUAUGGAUCAUUAAUAUCGGUGAUUUCCAUCGUUGUCCUGUUUGUGUACCUUGUGAGCUCCCCAUCCAGUGCUGCCAAGGCGAGCAAGAAGAAGCGUUAACCAAACUCCAAUAGCUUUGGAUCCUUUUUACGGUUUGGGCAAAGAUCGUAGGGUACUGGGGUGCUAGCUAAUGUCAGUCAGAAUCGUGUUCUUCAAUAUAUAACUUCACUCAAGAGAGCAUUUGUGUUUGAUGUAGUUGGUAUUGGUUAGCGCAGCGCAGAGGGGUGAUGGUGGGUAGUCAAACCACCUGCUUAGCUAAGAGAGGGUAAUUUUAGCAAUGUUGGGCACUGUACAUCACUACAUCUAAUGACUUGUAAGGUGUUGCAGUUUUGGAUUUUGGAAA